CGUGGCGUCUCGGGCGCUACUUCCGCUUACGCCUGCUCCACGACGCCCCUUGGCACGUUGACGCCGGGCUUUCCACGCCCCGUUUUACAGCAGCCGUAAAGUGCGGUGUCGUGACCACGCCCUUUCUCGCGGCUCUUGUGACGCAGGCGCCCUGGGCUUUUUGCGCGGGAAAAGGCAGCAGUUCGGAACUAGCCGGGGCUGCUGGGACCCACUGUUUUCGCGGAGUCCGCCGCUGGCCCCGCGCCUCUGCCGGCCAUGGGGCUGCUGGAGCAGUGCGAGCAGGUGUUCGGUACCGCCGACCUUUACCGGGUGCUGGGGGUGCGGCGCGAGGCCUCGGACGGCGAGGUCCGACGCGGCUACCACAAGGUGUCCCUGCAGGUGCACCCGGACCGGGUGGGCGAGGACGACAAGGAGGGUGCCACCCGCCGCUUCCAGAUCCUCGGGAAAGUCUACUCCGUCCUGAGUGACCAGGAGCAGAGGGCCGUGUACGAUGAGCAGGGGACCGUGGACGAGGACUCGGAUGUGCUCAGCCAGGAGCGCGACUGGGAGACGUAUUGGAGGUUGCUCUUUAAAAAGAUAUCUCUAGAAGACAUUCAAGCGUUUGAAAAGACAUACAAAGGUUCUGAAGAAGAGCUGGCUGACAUUAAACAGGCCUACCUGGACUUCAAAGGGGACAUGGGUCAGAUCAUGGAGUCGGUGCUGUGUGUGCAGUACACGGACGAACCCAGGAUAAGGAACCUUAUUCAGAAAGCCAUUGACGCUGGAGAAGUCCCAUCCUACAAGGCCUUUGUCAAAGAAUCGAAGCAAAAGAUGAAUGCUAGGAAAAGGAGGGCCCAGGAAGAGGCUAAAGAAGCAGAAAUGAGCAGGAAGGAGUUAGGACUUGAUGACGAAGAUAAUUUGAAAGCACUCAUUCAGAACAGACAAAAGGAUCGGCAAAAGGAAAUGGACAAUUUUCUGGCUCAGAUGGAAGCGAAGUACUGCAAACCUUCCAGAGGAGGAGGGAAAAAAACAGCUCUCAAGAAAGAAAAGAAAUAAUGGAAUUUACUCUUCAAAGGUCGUUAGGGGUUAAUUAGUGCCAUUGUAGGAAAGGUAAAGUCAAGAUCUGAAGACAAAAGUCAAUUCAACCCUUGAGAAAAAUUCUCUUCCACCUAAACGAUUCAGAUUGAGAAUGUAAACCAGUCUCUCAACCUGAUUUUAUAUCCUAGAUCCCCUGACAUUCUGUGAAGUCCAGUCCUCCUGAGAAGGAAUUUGGUGAUGGUCAUUGAGGAAAGAGGGGGAGGUUGGUAUACUUGUGACAGCACUUGCUUCUGUGGAUCUUUUGUACAAGGAACUUUACCUAGAAUGUGGAUCUGUCCAUACUUCCGUUACCAGCUGUCAUUUUGCCACAAGAAUGAGCUGCAGAGUAUUCAGAGCGAUGUGUGUGUUUAUUAGAACAGGUACGCUACCUGGCUAGAAUGUCUUCAGAACACUUGCUGGACAUUGUCUUCUAAAUACUUGACAGUACUUUCAGUCUUAAAACUCUUGAGUACAUCCUCUCUUUGUUUUGUUUUUUUGUUUGUUUUUUUACUCAAACAGGUUUUUGUACUCUGCUUCAAGUAUAGGAGAAACAGAUGUUCACAUUACUUCAAGCGUCUUUAUGACUUAACACAUGAUUAAACUAAACAAGUAAAAAAUGACUUAAAUUUUUGAUGAUCACUGGGCUAGUACUGCCGAACGUCCUUGGGUCGGUCGCGAAGCUUGUCUGAACUUGUUUUCUCAUCGAUGAAAGGGUGAGGGAGUUUGGGUAAACGACUUCUUAGAGGCUCCCCUGACUUAAUGCUAACUCUGAAAGGCAAGCCAUCAGUGGUUUGUUUUCAUGCGCUUGUGGUAUUGAUUUGUGAAAAUAGUACAGAGAUUUUCAUUUAUAUUUAGUCAAAUUGUUUGUAUUCAUUAGGAUAUGUGGAAGUUUUUAAGGGACUGUUCAACUUAAAAUCUCUGAUUUUAGACUAAUAUAUUCAAUGCCAUAUGCCCGAAACAAGCCUGGUACCUUUAUGUAUCAUGAUUUAUCAGCGAUAUAAGCACGUGACAUGUUUUCAGUUUGUGAUUAUAAACAAGGUUAAAAAAAUACUCUUUAAUUGUAUUAAAAUAUAAUUUAAUGCA